CAACAGGAGCAGGAGAUAAAUAAAUUGGGUUCAGCUGCCCAUGAAAAGUAAGCGCCAGCCUCCAUUGGACUUAAAUGAUGAAAAAAACUGAAAACCUCUGCUCCACCCUCAGCAAACAGCAACGCCUACUGACACACUUACGACUUAUGGAACAUAUCGCAUCUUGACUUGUAGAGGAUCGACAGUGAACGGCUUAUCAACAGUGAAGAUUGUAACGCUAUAGCGGGUUGUUUUUGCAGACAUGCGUCUACACGGGUCAAUAUUGGAAGCAGCACUAUUGGCUCUGCUGGCAGGCUGUCAACAAUGUGUCUUCGCUGACGGUGACACUUUGGCUCCACCAGAGGUCUCGCAGUACAAUGGUACUCUGUAUGCAGCCUGCAAAAUGAGACCCAGCACCACACUAUCUGAUGGUCUGCCCAAAGUGUACGGUCAGGUGCUGUUUAAACAGGAUUAUCCUGAGGGAAAACUCAAAGUCCUUCUUCGGUUCAAUGGUUUCCCCACAGAGGGUAACCCAGAGCUUCGAGCAGUGCACAUCCACCAGUACGGAGACCUGAGCCGGGGGUGUGACUCCACUGGCGGCCACUACAAUCCUCAUGGUGUACAUCACCCUGGCCACCCUGGAGAUUUUGGUAACUUUAAGCCCCAGGAAGGAAAAGUCAAUACGGUGAUAGAAUCUGAGGCAACGCUGUUCAGGGGUCUGUCUGUGAUUGGAAGAGCAGUGGUGGUCCAUGAAAAGAUAGAUGACUUAGGUCUUGGUGAAGACGCUGGGAGCCUGCUGCAUGGAAACGCAGGCCGGAGGCUUGGAUGCUGCAUUAUUGGGAUGUCCUCCCCCAACCUCUGGAAUACGUACUAUAAGCUGUCUAAUAGGCGACUGAAGAGAAAUUUGUUUUACAGUAAUGGCAUGUAGGUGAAUUUACAGAUUUGGUCUUUGAUUUCAUUCAUUUUAUCCAUUGUAUUCCUUGUCUGAUACCAAGAAAAAUCGACUCAAUCUAAUCCCCUUUUUCCAAACAUAGUGGCUUAUCAAAACUAGUGGCAACUUUCGAAUUGGUCUGCUCUACAGUCGAUGGCGCCAAAUUUAACUUUUUCCCAAUUAAAACUCUUUCCAGGCUUAUUUUGUGUCUUAUACUUGUUUUUCAAGCAACAAAUCAGUAGUUUAAAAUCAUUUAUUUUGCAGAAACAAAUUCAUUUUGUACACAUUUUUGCACAUUCAACAGUAACGCAUAGCUCUAAGUACUAGUACUUUCUAUCUCAUGAGUUAAUAUUUUUUACCACAAAAACACAACAGUUAUCAGUGCUGGUAAUCUACAUGUUUUGGCUUCAUUGUGUUACAGACUCACAAGUUCUGUAAAUUUUCUUUACAAAACUAACUUAACCUCUUAUCUAAAUUGUUGUAAAUGAUUAAGUUUUGAAGAUGCCUUUCAAGGAAUUAAAAAUAAAAGCAUGUGUAAAAGAAAAUGCAACUUCCUUUCAAUCAAAUAUACAGCAUUUUGUAUAGCUUUCA